AUGACCAAUAAUCUGCCAACAUAUACUAAAAUAGUGCAACACGACGAAAUUUUCCAAGCCAUCAGAGAUAAUGAUUUGCAAAAAGUCCAAGGUUCACUGAACUCCUGCAGUGUUCAAUUAAUUAAUAUUGUCGAUGAUACCAAUAAAAACAUAACACCUGCAUUGUGCAGUGGAAGAAAACAGGAGCAGCCAGUAUGUUGUCAACAAGGAAGGCGAAACAUUUCUGGAUAUGUUAGGAAAUUGGCAAUUCGAACAAGAAUCUGCAAAAGCAACCCUCAGGUGAAGAAGAGUAAAGAUAUAUCUAACCAACAAGGACCAUCGAAUAGUUAUAGGGCAAAGCGUGGUGCACAAAAUAACAAAGUUGACAAAAAAGUUACAAAUCCUGCAAUCGAUAAUAAAAAACGAUUAGUAAGUCCACCUUUAUUGGGCCUUGGUGCCAAAAUAGAUGCCGAAAGUAAGGACAAGUUGACGCCACUCCAUUGCGCAGCUAUGAAUGGAUUCAAAGAUGUAGUUCAACUAUUGGUCGACAAAGGCGCGAAUAUUGAGGCUAUCGAUGAUCAACAACGAACGCCAUUGUAUGUCGCAGCACAGAAUGGUCAUUUGGAGAUAGUGCAGUUUCUGAUUAGUAAAGGCGCAGAUGUCAAUGCUGUUAAUAAAACAAAUUGGACUCCAUUGCACAAUGCAUCUCAAAAUGGUCACUUGGAUGUAGUGCAGUUUAUGAUUAGUAAAGGCGCCAAUGUCAAUGACACCAAUGAUAGAAAUUGGACUCCAUUGCACAUUGCAUCUCGAAAGGGUCAUUUAGAGAUAGUGCAGUUUCUGGUUAGUAAAGGCGCCAAUGUUAAUGCUGAUAGUGUAGAAAACUGGACUCCAUUGCACAUUGCAUCUCGAAAUGGUCAUUUAGAGAUAGUGCAGUUUCUGGUUAGUAAAGGCGCCAAUGUUAAUGCUGUUGAUGUUGAAAAUUGGACUGCAUUGCACAUUGCAUCUCAAAAUGGUCAUUUGGAGAUAGUGCAGUUUCUAGUUAGUGAAGGCGCUAAUGUCAAUGCUGUUAAUGAAAGAAAUGGGACUCCAUUGCACUUUGCAUGUCAAAAUGGUCAUUUGGAAGUAGUGCAGUUUCUGAUUAGUGAAGGCGCUGAUGUCAAUGCUAUUCUUGAGAAAAAUUGGACUGUAUUACACAUUGCAUCUGAAAAUGGUCAUUUGGAGAUAGUGCAAUUUCUGGUUAGUAAAGAUGCGAAUGUCAAUGCUGUCGAUCAAAGAAAUUGGACUCCUCUGCACAUUGCCGCCUAUUAUGGUCACAAAAAUAUAGUCAAAGCAUUGAUGGACAAAGGUGCAAACACUAAUAUAGUAAAUUUAAAUAACAAGACCCCGAUAAACGUUGCCUACAAAAAAGGGCACAUGGAAAUCGUCAACUUAUUACAAAAUUAA